AUGCUGCACCAGCAUCUUUCUCACGUCUUCCCCGACACGGCGGAUACGGACGAUGCCGGCCAUCUUACCCUGGGCGGCUGCGAUACCGUGCAGUUGGCCGAACAGUACGGGACUCCACUGUACGUCUUGGACGAGGCAACACUGCGCAACCGCUGCCGACAGUUCUCCAGCGCUUUCGCCGGGAGCUACCCCAAUACCGGGGUCGUGUACGCUUCCAAAGCGGGCAUCAACCCGGCGCUGGUUCGCAUCUUCACCGAGGAAGGCCUGGGUUUGGAUGUUGUGUCCGGCGGCGAAUUGGCCAUGGCCGUGUCGGGCGAAAUGCCACUCGACAGAGUCUACUUCCACGGCAGCAACAAGUCGGCGAGCGAGCUGGAGGAGGCGGUGAGCGCCGGCAUCGGUCGCAUCGUUGUGGACAACUUCCACGAACUAGACCUCCUGGAGCAAAUUUGCGCCAAUGAGGGUAAACGGCAGGAUAUUCUGGUGCGAGUCUGCCCCGGCAUCGACCCCCACACCCAUGCCUAUACCACCACCGGAAUCAUCGACUCCAAGUUCGGCUUCUCAAUCCCAACCGGCGACGCGGAGCGCGCCAUUCUGUGCGCCAUAGCAGCUCCGCGUCUAAAUCUUCUGGGGCUACAUUUCCACCUGGGGUCGCCCAUCUUUGAGCUGGGGCCUUACACACAGGCCAUCGAUCUGGUGCUACGGUUUGCAGCCGGUCUUAGGGAGAAAGGUCUGAAUCUACAGGUGUUUAGCCCCGGCGGUGGGUUCGCAAUCGCUUACACCCGCAAAGACAAACCGCCGUCCGCUCGCGAUUAUGCAGACGUUAUCGUGAGUGCGUUGACUGCUACAUGCGAGGAGUUACAUAUGGAGCUGCCCAGACUGGUCGUCGAACCAGGGCGCUCCAUCAUCGGCCCGGCCGGCGUAACCUUGUAUCGCGUCGGGGCCAUCAAGACAAUUUCCCGGCGUCCGCACGUACGUCAGCGUGGACGGCGGCAUAAGCGACAACAUUCGUCCGGCUCUCUACCAGGCCCAGGAAAGUGCUGCGAAUCGGGCGACGUACUCGCCUCCGGGGUCGAGCUCCCCGCACCUGUAGCUGGCGACGUCAUCGCCGUGCCAGCCACCGGGGCCUAUUCCUCGUCAAUGGCCAGCAACUACAACCUGAACCCGCGUCCACCGAUUGUACUGGUAAACGAGAGGAAAAGUCGCCUCAUCCGUCGCCGCGAAUCUUAUGCUGAUAUGAUGCUCUGCGACCUUUAG